AUGUCCAACGGCUCUUUGCAGAACACAGAGCAGGUCACUACGAAUGGCCUCAUUGCCACGAGCGAACCCCCGGCCGCAGAAUCCCACCCCGGGCUCUUCCCGCCGACCUUCGGGGCCGUGGCGCCCUUCCUGGCCGACUUGGACACCACCGACGGCCUCGGGAAGGUCUACUACCGCGAGGACUCCUCCCCCACCGUCACCCAGCUGGCCGCCGAGUGUGUCCAGAGAGGGUUCCCGGGAGUGUCCUUCCAGCCCGCGAGCGCCGUGGUGGUCACCUGGGAAUCCGUGGCCCCGUACCGAGGCCCCAGCGAGGACCCUGCCCAGGAGGACAAGAGAAACACGUUCCAGGCGGUCCUGGCCUCCUCCGGUUCCAGCUCCUACGCCAUCUUCCUGUACCCCGAAGACGGCCUGCAGUUCACCUCGACCUUCUCCAAGCGGGACCAGAGCCAGGUCCCCGCCAUGGUCGCCUUCAGCCAAGGGCUGGUGGGACUCGUGUUGAGCAGCGACGGGGCGUAUAACAUAUUUGCUAACGACAGAGACUCGAUCGGCAAUUUGGCCAAGUAAGCGUCUGCCUUCGUUCUUCCUUUCCUCUGGAUUGUGGAGUAUAAUGAGUCCGUUCCUAAUUCUAACAAAUUGAACCAAGGAGUCUUCAGCUACAACACGGAUUCCCGGCCCACGUGCGCCAACAGCCGACACCAGUGCUCCGUGCACGCCGAGUGCCGGGACUACGCCACCGGCUUCUGCUGCAGCUGCGUCGCCGGCUACACCGGGAACGGCCGGCAGUGCGUGGCCGAAGGGUCCCCCCAGCGAGUGAACGGCAAGGUGAAAGGGAGGAUCUUUGUGGGGAGCAGCCCGGUCCCCGUCGUGUUUGAGAACACGGACCUGCACUCCUACGUGGUGAUGAACCAGGGGCGCUCCUACACGGCCAUCAGCACCAUCCCCGAGACUGUGGGCUACUCCCUGCUGCCCCUGGCCCCUGUCGGGGGCAUCAUAGGGUGGAUGUUUGCGGUGGAGCAAGACGGAUUCAGGCACGGGUUCAGCAUCACAGGGGGCGAGUUCACCCGCCAGGCCGAGGUGACCUUCGUGGGGCACCCGGGCAAGCUGGUCAUCAAGCAGCGCUUCAGCGGCAUCGAUGAACACGGGCACCUGACCAUUGACACGGAGCUGGAGGGCCGCGUGCCGCAGAUCCCGGUCGGCGCCUCCGUGCACAUCGAGCCCUACACGGAGCUCUACCACUACUCCCGCGGCGUGAUCACAUCCUCCUCCACGCGGGAGUACACGGUGACGGGGCCCGCGGCCCCUGCGAGCAUCCACACGUACCAGUGGCGCCAGACCAUCACCUUCCAGGAGUGCGUCCACGACGGGGCCCGGCCAGCCCCGCCCAGCACCCAGCAGCUCUCGGUGGACAGCGUGUUCGUCCUGUACAACCAGGAGGAGCGGAUCCUGCGCUUCGCUCUCAGCAACUCCAUCGGGCCUGUGCGGGACGGCUCCCCGGACGCCCUGCAGAACCCCUGCUACAUCGGCACUCACGGGUGCGACACCAACGCAGCCUGCCAGCCCGGCGCCGGGAACCAGUUCGCCUGCGAGUGCUCCAUCGGCUUCCGGGGGGACGGACGCACCUGCCACGACAUCGACGAGUGCUCGGAGCAGCCCGCGGUGUGUGGGAGCCACGCCGUCUGCAACAACCACCCGGGGACCUUCCGCUGCGAGUGCGAGCAGGGCUACCGCUUUUCCGAGGAGGGAACGUGCGUGGCUGCUGUGGACGAGCGGCCCAUCAACCACUGCGCGACGGGCCUGCACGACUGUGACAUCCCCCAGCGGGCCCAGUGCGUGUACACGGGCGGCUCCUCCUACACCUGCUCCUGUUUGCCAGGCUUCUCCGGGGACGGCCGGGCCUGCCAAGACGUGGAUGAAUGCCACCCGAGCCGAUGCCACCCCGAUGCCUUCUGCUACAACACCCCGGGCUCCUUCUCCUGCCAGUGCAAGCCUGGGUACCGGGGCGACGGCUUCCGCUGCGUGCCUGGAGAAGCAGAGAAGACCCGCUGCCAGCUCCAGCGAGAACACAUCCUCGGGGCGGCGGGGGUGGCGGGCCAGCGCCCUCUGCCCCCAGGGAUGUUUGUCCCCGAGUGCGACGAGCACGGGCAGUACGUGCCCACCCAGUGCCAUGGCAGCACCGGCUACUGCUGGUGUGUGGACCGCGACGGCCGUGAGCUGGAGGGCACCAGGACCAGGCCCGGGAUGAGGCCCCCCUGUCUGAGCACGGUGGCUCCCCCGAUUCACCCCGGACCCUCGGUUCCUCCUGCCGUGAUCCCUCUGCCCCCCGGGACCCACUUGCUCUUUGCCCAGACGGGGAAGAUAGAGCGCCUCCCACUGGAGGGCAGCACCAUGAAGAAGACGGAGGCCAAGGCGCUGCUGCACGCCCCGGACAAAGUCAUCAUCGGCCUGGCCUUCGACUGCGUGGACAAGAUGGUCUACUGGACCGACAUCAGCGAGCCUUCCAUCGGGAGAGCCAGCCUGCAUGGCGGGGAGCCGGCCACCAUCAUUCGACAAGGUCUCGGGAGCCCCGAAGGCCUCGCCGUGGACCAUCUCGGCCGCAACCUCUUCUGGACGGACUCUCGCCUGGACCGCAUAGAGGUGGCGAAGCUGGACGGCACCCAGCGCCGCGUGCUGUUCGACACGGAUCUGGUGAAUCCCAGAGGCAUCGCGACGGACCCCGUGAGAGGGAACCUCUACUGGACGGACUGGAACCGAGACAGCCCCAAGAUCGAGACCUCCUACAUGGACGGCACCCACCGCAGGGUCCUCGUGCAGGACGACCUUUUUCUUGACUGGGGACUGGCAGGUUCUCUCGCCCCCUCUCCUUGCUCAGUGACACAAAGGGGCCCUUUCCUGUGCGGGGACAAUGAAGGGCUUGUUCUCGCUCCCACAGGCACUAGCCGGGCCGAGUGCCUAAGGCCCGAGCAGUCCGUCCGUCGCAGGGUCCUCGAAGGCCUCCAGUACCCUUUCUCGGUGACGAGCUUCGGGAAGAAUCUGUAUUACACGGACUGGAAGACGAAUUCCGUGGCUGCCGUUGAUGUCGCUGUUGCCAAAGAGACGGACACCUUCCACCCCCACAAGCAGACCCGGCUGUACGGCAUCACCACCGCCCUGUCUCAGUGUCCCCAAGGUCACAACUACUGCUCAGUGAACAACGGUGGCUGCACCCACCUCUGCUUGGCCACCCCAGGAAGCAGGACCUGCCGUUGCCCUGACAACACCCUGGGAGUUGACUGCAUUGAGCGGAAAUGAAGACAAGACUGCCUUGUUUCCUCACCAAGUAUUUCGCAGCAACACCCUGCUGCAAAGGGUCCAGACCAAAAACUGUCUGACCUGGUGGCUGAGUGGCCGCCAGCCUGAGCCUUAACAACGUUCCCCUCCCUGUUCCCCAACACAUAAGCCCUGAGCUUCUGGAAUGGGGAAGUUCCUACCCCUCCACAAAGACAGGACCCGCCCCCCCAAACCCUUAGACAAAUGAGUACAGCCCCAAGGGAGGGUUAUGUGCUCUGGAACUAAGUUGUGUUCCCCAACUUAGCACCCCAGUGGUGAGCAGACCCUCCCAGGCCUGAGCCAUCCCCUGUGGCCUUACAAGCUCAGCCGCACGCUGACACACCCACCACUUUGUCAGCACCUCGACACCUGCCAAGGCUGCAGCCCGUUGGAACCUAAAUCAGGAGAGAGCCUUUCCUUGAAUAAUUGGAGUUUGUUUUCAGAGGCGAGUCGUUUCUCCCACCCCCCUCCACCCCCCCGAGAAUCACAGCGUUUGGGUAACACACAGGUUGUUUAGAUGGCCCAACUCAAAUUAGUUUCACUUUCUUUUCAUAUUUAUCAUUCAUUCUAUAUCAAGCCCUCUAUAUUCAAACGUUUGUCGUGAUUUUUGUAUAAUUUUUGUAAGUGUUUUUUUAAAUGGUAAAUUCUUGAACUGUGGAAACCAUUGAAGGUGCUUAUUAACUGUUCCCCCAGUUUAUACAACUGUUGGAUGAUUCCUUGAGUUUACAGCUAUAUAAAUAGGAGUGUAGACAAUAAAAAACAUUUUUGGUAAUAA